AUGGAAAUAUUACAAAACAUUAAAACUCAUUAUGACAAUAGAACACUUGUAGACACUAAAAUAAUAGUGGACGAAAAUGACAGCUGUAAAGAAAUUUACGUUCAUUCUCAAAUACUUAUGAUACAAUCCAAAUAUUUUAGUAAUGCUUUAUCUAAAAAGUGGGCCCAUAAAGAAAAUGAUUACUAUAUUAUUAGGAAACCCAAUGCGACAAAAGAGAGCAUGGAUAAUAUAUUAAAAUAUCUUUAUUGUGGAGAACAAUAUAUUUCACAGGGAGUUAAAGAAUUUAUAAACACAAUUUUGCUUGCUGAUGAAAUGUCCAAAAAUUUUCAAAACAUACCUAUUAAACAUUUGAAAUUAAUUAUAUCACAAGACAAUUUAAAUAUAACAGAACUACAAAUUCUGUACAAAGUAAUUUUAUGGUUAGAAAACAAAGAUUGGGAUGAAUACAGUAAUAUAAUAAACUGCAUACGUUUCGAUCAAAUAACCGAUGAUGAUUUUAUAGACUUACGUAUGAAAGUUAGAAAAAACCAAAUUAGUGAAAGUAUUUUUAAAAAGGUAUCUGAUAAUUAUACAAAAUCAAAAACUAAGCUAAAUUUUAUUUGUUAUAGCAAUAUAAAUAUUGACUCAAAUAUUAUAUGUAAAGAACAACUCAUGAAGUUAAUGCAAUGGAUUGAUAGAGAAGAAACAACAAAUUGCAGAUACAAAUUUAAUUUAUUAUUAAGAGAAAUUACAAACAAAGCUAAAGAAUUUUACAGCUUUUGUGAUAAUAAGGGUGCUACAAUCGUGAUUGGAAAGAGAGGUAAAAAUAGUUUUAUUGGAGGUUAUAACCCUUUAAGUUGGUCAAGUAAUUAUACAUACAAAUCAACAAAAGAUAGCUUCAUAUUUAGUAAAGAUAAUAAAGAUAUAAGAUUAGGUAGGAUUAUAUCCGAUUUUGCCUAUGCAAUUUACUGUAAUCCAGAAUUUGGUCCUUCAUUUAAUAGAUAUGAAUUUUAUAUUCCAGACAACUCCAACAACUAG